AUGCAAAGCAUUUUUCGCCUGCCAUGGUGUACGGACCCUUCAGGCGACGAGAAGCCCGAAAAGGCCAUGCUCCCCAAAAUGCGCCAACCUCCUGUGGUCGACAUGGCUCUGUUCAGCAAACUCAAGCGCAAACGAGCCAAUAGCCCAUCCUUCGACUCUCUUCCUGCCUUUGACCAUCCUAAACGCCUCAAGCUAUCGCACGACUCUGCUAACCAUACUCAUCAAAAUUCGACGGCGAAUGUUCCACUGCUUACUCCGGAUGUGUCAUUUGCCGCUUCAUGCUCUACGAAGACUGCAACACCUUCUGCCGAUCCAAAGCAACUUCUAGAGACCAACGAUAAGCCGGAAAUCAUGGAUGGAAUGAAGCUUCAAGACGUUCUUGAACAUCAGUUCAACCUCGAAAUCCUACUUAAGCAUCGCGAACUUCGACUCAUCGAGCAAGAACUUGCCAAAUGCCAGGUUGCGCUCGAGCAAUUACGAAGAUGUGAGGUCAUCCCGUACCCUGGAGCUUCUGGCCUCUCCGAAUCUCUUUCUUCUGGUACUGGACCUGCAUUGAAGCCUCAGCCUGGAUUCACGCAACCGCAAGCUCCGUCACCAUGGGGCGUUACGGAUGGUCCUUACACGAGGCAUUAUGCAAGAUGGCUUCUCAACGACCCAACCUUUGACUCGUUACCGUUCAGUCAAGUCAUGCCUAACUUGGACAACUACGCGAUGCAGCCUGAAGGUCGAUCCACACGCAACAGUGGUGCUGGUAUUGGCAAGGCUGGCAGAUCUCGCCCUACGCGUGAUUCGUUCGGCAAUCUUAACCAAGCAUUGCCCAACUACCCUUCGCAGCCUCGCGGUAAACAAGGUCCCUUGGUCAUAAGAAGACUAGCCGACAAUCUGUUUGUCAAAUUGAUUUGCAACAACUGUCAACGAGGCGAUUUUUCUAGUGUCCAAGGCUUCUUGAACCACUGCCGUAUAGCUCACAAGGUCGAUUACAAGAGCCACGAAGCUGCGGCCUUGGAUUGUGGAAAGCCAUUGGAGGAGGAUGAGACCCAUCUGAUCCCUCAAGGUGCUCCUGCAUCGACACCUGGCGCCUCAAAACCACAGCAGGCUGCUAAGCCCGUCGCAUCGCAGCCUAUCCCUGCACCACUAGCUGGUUUUGUUCACCCGCUAAACGCGCAAGUCUUGCCACGCUACACGUGGAAGAGACAGGCAGAUGAAGCAAGAGCGUCAAUGUCUCAUCCGCACAAGCAUCGCGCAGUUGCAAGCAACACAGCUAAAUCUGCUGCCGCAGCUUCUUUCCAUGCAACCCCUUUAGUAGGAUCGUCGUUCGCGCCAUAUCUCUCUGCUCGUUUCGCCAAGCAAGGCCUUGGUGGAAAUCUGCAACACGCUACUACCCAAGCUCGCGAGAAGAUUGAUCUCGGCCCGGACCCUAUCGAGGAUGAGCAGUCGACAUCAGCAGACAGCGAGACACCCAAGUCUCAUGGUGCAUCAGCCAUCAACCUCAGCAGACCUAGAGACAAGCUGGCACACGAAGGAUCGCAGGGUCACAAGGGAUGGCAUGCGCCCGUCUCGCGCCCUCGUCCUGCACCAAUCAUGGCUCGCCACGUUUCCGCAGAAAUGAUGUAUUCACCACCCACUCUGUCGCCGCAUGCAGUGGACAGCAAUCCAGGACUUGUGUCCGAUCAUGAGGAUGACGAUGCACCUUCCGACUUGGACGAUGUCCAUUCAGAACGCCACGAGUCCCCUGACGCAGUGAGCAGGCUCGGUGCUCUCAGGAACCGAACAUGUGGAGAUGAGAUGGAUGUAGAUCUCGAGAUUGACGUGAACGACGAGGCAGAUGGACACAGUGUGUUGAUUCGACCUCGAAAUUUGGGUCUGCAGAUGCGCUCAAGUGGCAGUCCCAGCAGGGCCAAGUGA